AUGAAUUCUCUGACCAUUACUGUGUUGCAGCAGAUAGCCCUGUACUUUGGGCAUCCCACCUGUGGAGCUUACCUGUGUGAACACCUGAGUUACCUGGUGCACCAGUGGUUACAGGAGGGCUACAGGAUCACACAGCUACAGUACCUGCUCAUGGGAUAUACCUGCAGGAAGGACUUCUACAAGGACCAGUACAGCAUAAUAGUUCCACACCUGGUGGUUCAGAAGGACAUGGCAGCCGUGAGACAUGUGGCAGAGGAACUCGAUUGUGAUUGGGUCUCGCUGCUCCACGCCUGCUUCCCUCGCGUGAUCGUGAACGUGCUGCCGCUGUUUGCAGAGCAGGGUCCCGAGGAACAGUCUGACCGCAGCCUGGAGCGAGUACAGCAGGCGCGGGAGUGUCUCGAUCUCAUCGAGAAAUCUAUAG